AUGGUUCUCGCACAAUUAGGUGGGAGCAUUUCGCGUGCUCUUCAGCAGAUGAGCAAUGCCACAAUCAUCGAUGAAAAAGUUCUCAAUGAAUGUCUCAAUGAAAUCACUCGCGCUCUUCUUCAAUCCGAUGUUCAAUUCAAGCUCGUUCGUGAUAUGCAGACCAAUAUCAAGAAGAUCGUCAAUCUCGAUGAUCUCGCUGCUGGUCAUAACAAACGCAGGAUUAUCCAACAAGCUGUGUUCAAUGAACUCUGCAAUAUCUUGGAUCCUGGAAAGCCCUCUUUCACUCCCAAAAAAGGAAAAGCUAGUGUUGUCAUGUUCGUUGGUUUACAAGGAUCUGGGAAAACCACUACUUGUACAAAAUAUGCAUUUUAUCAUCAAAAGAAAGGCUGGAAGCCGGCUCUAGUAUGUGCAGAUACAUUCAGAGCUGGUGCGUUUGAUCAGUUGAAGCAAAAUGCUACUAAAGCUAAGAUCCCUUUCUAUGGAAGCUAUAUGGAGUCAGAUCCUGUGAAAAUUGCUGUGGAAGGUGUGGAAAGAUUCAGGAAAGAAAACUGUGAUCUUAUAAUUGUUGAUACUAGUGGGCGUCACAAACAAGAAGCUGCUCUUUUUGAAGAAAUGCGCCAAGUUUCAGAAGCAACGAAACCAGAUCUUGUUAUCUUUGUCAUGGAUAGCAGUAUCGGUCAGGCUGCUUUUGAUCAGGCUCAAGCAUUUAAGCAGAGUGUUGCAGUUGGAGCUGUCAUUAUCACUAAAAUGGAUGGCCAUGCAAAGGGUGGUGGUGCACUUAGUGCUGUUGCGGCUACAAAGAGUCCUGUCAUAUUCAUUGGAACAGGAGAACACAUGGAUGAAUUUGAAGUUUUUGAUGUUAAACCAUUUGUCAGUCGUCUAUUAGGCAUGGGAGAUUUGUCAGGGUUCAUGGACAAAAUCCAUGAAGUUGUUCCUAUGGAUCAACAGCCCGAACUGCUUCAAAUGCUGUCAGAUGGACACUUUACCUUGAGGAUUAUGUACGAGCAGUUUCAGAAUAUUCUUAAAAUGGGUCCCAUUGGCCAGGUUUUUUCUAUGCUGCCUGGAUUUAGUUCUGAAUUAAUGCCAAAAGGCCGCGAGAAAGAAAGCCAGGCAAAAAUUAAGCGUUACAUGACAAUGAUGGACUCAAUGACAAAUAAAGAGUUAGAUAGUUCAGACCCAAAGCUCAUGAACGAGUCACGGAUGAUGCGAAUAGCUCGAGGUUCUGGUCGGCAAGUUAGGGAAGUAAUGGAGAUGAUGGAAGAGUACAAACGUCUUGCAAAGAUAUGGAGCAAAAUGAAAGGGCUUAAAAUACCAAAGAAGGGAGAAAUGAGUGCCUUAUCCCGAAACAUGAAUGCCAACCACAUGAGCAAAAUCCUCCCUCCACAGAUGCUAAAACAAAUUGGAGGUAUGGGUGGGCUACAAAGCUUGAUGAAACAGAUGGGAUCUUCUAAGGACAUGAUGGGAAUGUUUGGCGGUGGCGAUAAGUAG